GGACGGCAGGCAUUCUGCUCUGAUUUUUCCUGUUGCCUGGCUAGUGACCCCCUACAGGAAGAUAACGGAUAAGCCAGGAGGGCGGAGCAGCCCACUACACAUGUCUGGCUGCUCUUAUCAACUUAUCAUAUAAGGAAAGGAAAGUGAUUGAUUCGGAUACUGACACGGUAGGAUCUGGGGCGAGAGGAACAAAGGACCGUGAAAGCUGCUCUGUAAAAGCUGACACAGCCCUCCCAAGUGAGCAGGACUGUUCUUCCCACUGCAAUCUGACAGUUUACUGCAUGCCUGGAGAGAACACAGCACUAAAAACCAAGUUUGCUACUGGAAAAAGAGGAAAGAGAAGACUUUCAUUGACGGACCCAGCCAUGGCAGCGUAGGAGCCCCGCGUUUUAGACGGCAGCAGCUCGGGACUCGACCUGUGUGUGCCUUCAAGUUUGCUAAGCUGCUGGCUUAUUACGGAAGAAAGAAUGUGGCAGAUUGUUUUCUUUACUCUGAGCUGUGAUCUUGUCUUGGCCGCAGCCUAUAACAACUUUCGGAAGAGCAUGGACAGCAUAGGAAAGAAGCAAUAUCAGGUCCAGCAUGGGUCCUGCAGCUACACUUUCCUCCUGCCAGAGAUGGACAACUGCCGCUCUUCCUCCAGCCCCUACGUGUCCAAUGCUGUGCAGAGGGACGCGCCGCUAGAAUACGAUGACUCGGUGCAGAGGCUGCAAGUGCUGGAGAACAUCAUGGAAAACAACACUCAGUGGCUAAUGAAGCUUGAGAAUUAUAUCCAGGACAACAUGAAAAAAGAAAUGGUAGAGAUACAGCAGAACGCAGUACAGAACCAGACGGCUGUGAUGAUAGAAAUAGGGACAAACCUGUUGAACCAAACAGCGGAGCAAACGCGGAAGUUAACUGAUGUGGAAGCCCAAGUAUUAAAUCAGACCACAAGACUUGAACUUCAGCUCUUGGAACACUCCCUCUCGACAAACAAAUUGGAAAAACAGAUUUUGGACCAGACCAGUGAAAUAAACAAAUUGCAAGAUAAGAACAGUUUCCUAGAAAAGAAGGUGCUAGCUAUGGAAGACAAGCACAUCAUCCAACUACAGUCAAUCAAAGAAGAGAAAGAUCAGCUGCAGGUGUUAGUAUCCAAGCAAAAUUCCAUCAUUGAAGAACUAGAAAAAAAAAUAGUGACUGCCACGGUGAAUAACUCAGUUCUUCAAAAGCAGCAACAUGAUCUCAUGGAGACAGUUAAUAACUUACUGACUAUGAUGUCCACGUCAAACUCAGCUAAGGACCCCACUGUUGCUAAAGAAGAACAAAUCAGCUUCAGAGACUGUGCUGAAGUGUUCAAAUCAGGACACACCACGAAUGGCAUCUACACGUUAACAUUCCCCAACUCUACAGAAGAGAUCAAGGCCUACUGUGACAUGGAAGCUGGCGGAGGUGGGUGGACAAUUAUUCAGCGACGUGAGGAUGGCAGCGUUGACUUUCAGAGGACUUGGAAAGAAUAUAAAGUGGGAUUUGGUAACCCUUCAGGAGAAUAUUGGCUGGGAAAUGAGUUUGUUUCACAACUGACUAAUCAGCAACGCUAUGUGCUUAAAAUACACCUUAAAGACUGGGAAGGGAACGAGGCUUACUCAUUGUAUGAACAUUUCUAUCUCUCAAGUGAAGAACUCAAUUAUAGGAUUCACCUUAAAGGACUUACAGGGACAGCCGGCAAAAUAAGCAGCAUCAGUCAACCAGGAAAUGAUUUUAGCACAAAGGAUGCAGACAAUGACAAAUGUAUUUGCAAAUGUUCACAAAUGCUAACAGGAGGCUGGUGGUUUGAUGCAUGUGGUCCUUCCAACUUGAACGGAAUGUACUAUCCACAAAGGCAGAACACAAAUAAGUUCAACGGCAUUAAGUGGUACUACUGGAAAGGCUCAGGCUACUCGCUCAAGGCCACAACCAUGAUGAUCCGACCAGCAGAUUUCUAAACACCCGAGUCCACCUGAAUAAGACUGUCUCGAACUAUUUUCAAAGACUUAAACCCAAUGCACUGAAAGUCACGGCUGCGCACUGUGUCCUCUUCCACCACAGAGGGCGUGUGCUCAGUGCUGACGGGACCCACGUGCUCCAGAUUACAGCCUGUAAACUUUGUCACUUAAACUUGCAUCACUUAACAGACCAAAGCAAGACCCUAAACAUCUGUAAUUGUGAUUAGACAGAACACCUAUGUAAAGAGGAACCCGAGGCUGAGAAUCAGAUUGACAAUUUACAGACUCUGCUGUCACAACGAAGAAUGUUAUGUGCAAGUUUAUCAGUAAAUAACUGGAAAACAGAACACUUAUGUUAUACAAUACAGAUCAUCUUGGAACUGCAUUCUUCUGAGCACUGUUUACACACUGUGUAAAUACCCAUGUGUCCUGAAUUCACCAUCACUAUCACAAUUAAAAGGAAGAAAAAAAUCUCUAAGCCAUAAAAAGACAUAUUCAGGGAUAUUCUGAGAAGGGGUUACUAGAAGUUUAAUAUUUGGAAAAACAGUUAGUGCAUUUUUACUCCAUCUCUUAGGUGCUUUAAAUUUUUAUUUCAAAAACAGCGUAUUUACAUUUAUGUUGACAGUUUAGUUUUAAGUUAAUGCUCAAAUACGUAUUUCAAGUUUAUAUGGUGGAAACUUCCAGAAUCUCUGAAAUCAACAGAAACAUGUGCCAUUUUAGUUUAUAUGCAGAUUGUACUAUUUUUUCUGCCUGAUGGUUAAAUAUGAAGGUAUUUUUAGUAAUUAAAUAUAACUUAUUAGGGGA